UUGCAAAUAGGAACGAAAAUAGUCAUGAAUAACUUGAUAUGUGGCCUAGACACGGUGAUUUAGCAUGCAAAUGCCUUAAGAAUAAGGGCUAAAUAAUGCCUAUUUUAGGUGUUAUCAUGAGAUGAAAGGAGGCAGUGGUGGAAGCCGUGAAAGUGGAAGGGGCCGAUCAGAGAGUGAGGAGGAGGAGAAUCUGGAUGAAGAGGAUCGAGACAAAAUCAAGGACGGGGACUGGGAAUGGAAGAGAAACGAUUACAAAAUUAGACUUCGGCUCUCUGUUUUCCCCGUGUAGAAUUUGUCGAGAAAUGAGUAAUGGGUGCAACGGUGAAACUGCAUUUUGAUAAAUUUGGGAAAGUGGAGGAAAAGGAAGGCCGAGGAGAGAUGAAGGGCAUUUGAUCACAACAUUUUUUAUGAUUUUUUUUUAAUUUAAGGGCUAAUACCACUAGAAAUACCAACUUUUAGUGAAAGUACCAUUUAUAUUAUGAAAUUUUCGAUAUGACAAUUGUAUACCAACAGUUAAAGUUUCCAUUAGGGGUUAAUAGAAAAUACAUUCAACAAUGACGUAGAUAUUUUUAAUAAAAAAAAUGUAAAAAACAAUCAAAGCUCGUCCACCACCUUACCCUACCUUACCGCUCAGCCUCUCCCUCUCUCUCACAUCUUCAAGACGCCGCCUUCACCCAGCUUCAAUGUCGCCGCCGCCGCCAUAGUCAUCGUCAACUCUCGCAGAUUGGGGUUUCGAUGCAACCACUUCUCAAACUACACCACCCGAGGCAAGGCGGCGGGGUCGAGUCAUUGAAGAACUACUCCACCGGGUUGAACUUUUCCUCCGACUCGUUCCUCAAAUACAGCCGCCAGGCCAACUGCCACAACGAGGUCUUCUCCAACUAUGCCACUGAUGGCAACGUCGCCAACCCCAGCUUCGGAACGGCUCCAGAUCUACCGCCGACGAUUUCAAGAACUACCAAAACUGAGUCAACGUGCCUGGUCUCCACUUCACCACCUACGCCUCUGUCAGCAACGACCACAAGCUCGGUUUCUCCAGCUACAGCGACGACACCAAUGCUUGCUCCCAGUCCUUCACCAGCUACGCCAACACCCCAGAUGCUUACAACAACCACUACAAGAAAACAGGGGUUUUGUGUCGGUUCAAUUAACCGACACAAACUAUGAAUUUUGUGUCAGAAAUUUGUGUCCCUUACUGAACCGACAUAUUAUUCUCUUGGUGUAGUGUCGGUUUUGAUUUGUCUCGGUUUGAACCGACUUCAUGCCUAAUUUAACUAACUUUAAAUAAAACAAUUGAUUUUUUCAUUGGUUUUUGGUUUUGAUCAGAUUUGUUUUAUUGACUGAGAAAAUGAGAAGUGGGAAAACCCAAACUAAAACUUCCCGCCUCCCCCAAAACCUCCCCGCCGAAACCCAUUUCUCCCGUCAAACCUUCCCUCUCCACAGUUCCCCCAAAAAUUCGAAUAUCCUCUAGCUGACGAACAACUGGUCAUAGUGCGCGAAUUCCAUAGCUGGUCAGAGCGUGCUAUUACGGUGGAUUAGGGUUUGGAAGCCAGCGGUGGGUUGGUGGACUCGCUUAAAAAGCAAGUACAAGUAAUUUCCAUGAAUCUUAAAAACUUAAUUAGGGAUUUUGGAUUACGGGGUUGGCUCUGGAUGAUGGGAACUACAGUUUGGCUUAGGGAUGAGCUUUGGUUUAUCUUCCUCUGCUCCUUGUGUUCUUAUGCAAGUCAUUUCUUUACUCUAUUAUGCAGCUCAGGUGUCGUUCUCUACAGAGCUGGAAUUUUCUCUUCUUCGUUUGUGCGAGUUUGUUUGGGGUCUGGCGUAUUUUGGCGGUUGUUGUUUGGGGUUCCUUUCAAUGUUGAUGAUUCCUUCGCUUUAGCUCAUUUGUGUAUGUAUGUAGAUUGAUUCACCAUGUUCCUGUUAGGUAUAAUCUGCUGGUAGAUAAACUAAUAUACUGCCA